UUAAUCGUCGAGGAGUCCUUAUCAACCGCUGCUUCCGAAAUGGGCGAUUUACCCAACAGUUUCUCUCAUUCGCUAUCUAUCCAGUCCACUGGAAUCCUAAGGAAAGAACGAGUUGGCUGGACAAUCCUUGCCACUUUUAUUGCAGCUAUUGGCCCUGUAACCUUUGGUUACUGUGUGGGGUAUUCUUCGUCAGCACUGCUUGAUUUACAGAACGAAAAUGCACCUUCCGAUGUUCGCCUAUCGUCCGAACAAGCAUCGUGGUUUUCAUCUUUGCUCAAUGUGGGUGCUAUUGUUGGAAGUCUUAUCGGUGGAUGGGCGAUUGACAAGUUUGGUCGAAAGGGUACCAUCGUUUUAUGUGCGAUACCUUUCGAGAUCGGAUGGCUCCUCAUAAGCUGUGCUCAUCACGUUUCCAUGUUUCACGCUGGCCGGAUCAUUACAGGCUUAGGCAUCGGUGUAAUUUCACUUGCUUACCCGGUCUACGUAGCUGAGAUCGCAACUGCACGACUGCGCGGGACACUUGGCGCUGUCAAUCAACUGGCCAUAGCAGCUGGCAUCUUACUAAGUUAUAGCUUUGGAGUCCUUGUGCAUUGGAGGUGGCUGGCUCUCAUUGGUGCUAUGCUCCCCGCCCUACUCGUGAUUUUGAUGUUUCCUAUGCCGGAGACUCCUCGCUGGUCGUUGGGAAAUAACCGAAACAGCGAAGCGGCCAAUGCAUUGUUGUGGUUAAGAGGACCUGAUUUUGACGUCGAGGAAGAGUGUUGUGUGAUUAAAGCGAGUCUAGACGAAGAUCAUCAGGAGAGGCUUCCUUGGCGUGACUUCUUAUUACCAUCGAUGUUAAAGCCCCUGCUGAUCAGUAUUGGGUUGAUGGUUUUUCAGCAGUUCUCCGGGGUAAACGCAGUAAUCUUCAAUGCUGCAUCCAUCUUUUCAAACGCAGGCUUUUCCGAUGCAAAGCUUAUCAGCAUUACUGUGGGAGCCGUACAAUUUAUCGGUGCUGGCCUAGGUUGUCUGCUCAUGGACAAAGCUGGAAGACGAAAGAUCCUUCUGAUGACUGGACUGGUGAUGUGCAUCUGUCAUGUAGUACUAGGAGUGUAUUUUGAGAUCUACAUCCCUCCAACAGAGAAAACCCCACAAGCGGACACUCUCGCCUUGCUUGGUUCUAUCCAUAGAUCUGUUCCAGCGAAAAGAAUUUCCUCUCUGUCAAUCACAAGCCUUGUCGUAUUCAACAUGUUUUACGCCCUCGGUUGGGGACCAGUUGCGUGGUUAAUAAUGUCGGAAAUAUUUCCUCAACGAGCUCGAGGCCAGGCUGGUGGUAUUGCGACGUUGAUUAAUUGGACAUGUUCUUUUAUCGUUACCCAAACGUACCAGUCCAUGGCCGACACUUUGUCUAUCCAAGGGGCAUACUGGUUUUACGCCGGAUGUUGCUUCUUCGCGUUUAUUUUCGUCUAUUUCUUUCUACCUGAGACAAAAGGCAGGACCUUGGAGGAAAUGGAAGCCAUGUUUGACCAAGAUAAACAAGACUAUGAAAGGAUUACACCUGAUGCGAAUCACCGAAUUAAGUCUUUGCCAUUUAACGAAGUAUCGAACAUGGCUGAGUUCGAAAAAAGCCACAUACACUCGCCAUGUUCCCAGUCUAAUGAAAUGAGCGCGAUUCAAGACAGAGUUGGCAGAUCGAUCCUUGCCACCUUUAUUGCAGCACUCGGCCCAGUCAGCUUUGGAUUCUGUCUGGGAUAUUCAUCGUCUGCCUUACUGGAUUUACAAAGCCCUAAUGCACCUUCUGCAGUUCGUUUAUCUGACGAUCAGGCAUCUUGGUUUUCAUCUUUAGUUACUAUUGGAGCUAUUUUCGGAAGUGUCAUUGGUGGAUGGGUGAUUGACAAGCUCGGUCGGAAAGGUACCAUUAUGUUUUGCACAAUUCCAUUUGUGCUUGGAUGGCUUCUCAUUUGCUUCGCUCAGAGUGUUGCCAUGCUUUACAGCGGUCGGAUCAUUACAGGCCUGGGCUGUGGUACAAUCUCGUUGACUGUUCCGGUUUACAUUGCUGAAAUUUCAGCUGCUAGGAUACGUGGUACUCUGGGGUCUGUCACCAAUUUGGCCAUCACCGUUGGUCUUAUACUAGCCUAUGUAGCGGGUGUCUUUUGUCACUGGAGAUGGCUAGCUUUUAUAGGUGCAAUUCCUCCCACGCUGCAAGUCAUUCUUAUGUUUCCUGUGCCGGAGACUCCUCGCUGGUUGCUGGGAAAGGGCCGUAGAAGUAAAGCCCUAGAAUCCUUGUUGUGGUUAAGAGGUCCUGAUGCAGACAUCGAAGAAGAAUGUGUCACCAUCAGAGAGACCAUAGAUCGUCAUGAGAAAUUUCAUCUAAGGGAAUUAUUAUCGCCAGAGAUCGCUAAGCCUCUUGCAAUCAGUGUCGGGUUGAUGGCGUUCCAGAUGCUCUCUGGAGUCGACGUAGUGGAGUUCAACGCUGCAGACAUUUUUGCAACUGCAGGCUUUUCAAAUGGAAAGCUUGCAGCUAUUACUGUCGGCUUGGUACAGUUCGUGGCUGCAGGUUUGGGAUGUGUCCUAAUGGACAAAGUAGGACGUAGAAUUCUCCUGUGGCCCGCUGCACUUGGUAUGUGUGUGUCUCUUGUAACCCUAGGUGUGUACUUCCUGAUCUACAUUCCUCCGAAAGAUGGUGGCUCAACGUCUGACACUGUUUCCAUGCUCAGCUCUAUCAGCCACUCGGUGCCAGCUAAAGACAUUUCUUGGUUGUCAAUCUUGUGCAUUGUUCUAUUCAACCUGAUGUUCUCCCUUGCAUGGGGACCCGUUGCAUGGCUUGUGAUGGCGGAAAUAAACCCCCUGCGUGUUCGUGGCUUUGCCUGCAGCUUAGCAGCUUUGACAAACUGGUCAAUGGCGUUUGUUGUCACUUAUACAUAUAAUUCCAUGGUUAAUGCUCUCACCAUCCAAGGAACCUAUUGGGUUUAUGCAGGCAUUUCCUUCCUAGGUUUCCUUUUCGUUUACUUCCUUUUGCCCGAGACAAAAGGCAAAACACUGGAGGAAAUAGAGGCCAUCUUUAAUAAAGAUAAGCACAACUACGAAAGGAUUGACUAAGCAUUUGAUACUAAUUUGAUAUCUAUAUUGAUAUCAUACGGACAAUGUUACUUUUAAAUUUUUGUUUCCAAAGAGAGUUGAGAAAUAUUUUAUUUGAUUUGCAAAAUAUGAAAAUGGUGAUAAGUUUGCUCCUAAGACUAUGUACAACAAGUUAUUUGACUCUGUAAGAGAUUGAUGAUACAGUAAAUUAUAUGUUUGCACUUCGAAAAUAUAAAAUCCCUUUCAACUUAAGAUAAUCAUCAGACGAGUUGAGGUUGAAAAUAUAGAACUGCCGCGUUGAGGAGGCACUUAACUGUACUGAACUUGCAAACACGAGAUUUGUGAUCGUAAAAAGAACAGAAAUUAAAUUGCAUUUGUUUAUAUAAUUGCCACAUAGCGAGCAAGGAGAGAAUUUCUAAAUAAAUUAAGCAUAUCUUGUGGCCGUUGCGCUAACCAUUCUGGGUGUCUAUUGGGUUUAUGGCAGGGUUUUGCAAUUCUUCUAAAGCAGACGAUGAAUAUCCCCAACAGUAACCCCAACUGAGAGAGGCCAGAGCUACUGGCAUAGCAGCUAAGACAGAUCUCCCGAGUCUGCCUUUCUCUUUGGGCUCAUUUAAAUGAACUGACUGCCAGUGAAAAUUUUUGAUUUGCAAUUUUGCCAUUUGAGAUAACGUCUGACUAUAAAACUAGUUUAACUUCAGUAAACCGUAUAAAUGAUCGGCAACGAAUGCUUAAAAUGUCGUCGUUUUUUGUAACAACACCGGAGUGUAUCAAAUAAGUUAAGUCUGUAGCCAAAGUCCAAACUCGCUCUUGUAACGUGAUUAUUAUUUGUUCACCUCUCGUUGGUCUAAAACAAUAAAGCAAUUUUAAACCUUAA